CCGAUGAACUGCGUUAUCCUUCCGAGGAUGUAAACAUUUCAUUUUCACUAGCAACUCGUUAUAUGUCAGAUUUUGUUGUUUAUCUGACAUUCCGAGACAACUAUACUGUCAGCAUAGGUGUUUAAACAUUGUACUAGUGUACACGUAUUGAAUGUACUUCACAUUUACUGUAGAGCUAUAUGUUCUGUACGGUGUUCUGUAUCCAUCCGCGGGGUUACGUGAAGCCGGUAUCCAACAUGGCGGACAAGCUACCUGCCCGAUUAAGCGAAGUCAGACUAGGUCAGCUUCCAAAAUGGAUAACUAGUUGUUCAUUGGCACCCAAGAAUGUUGGUGCUGCCUUCGGGAGAGCACAUUCAAAGUUUGUGUUGAAAUAUGUAAAUGUAAAGAGAGGAUCAAUUGCACCAGUAGGAAUGUUUAUUGCUGUCUACAUUGGCGUUAGUUAUUUCUGGAGAUACGGCGAAACAAAGCAUGAACGUAACAGAGUAUACCAUUGGUAGUGAUUGGUGUGAUAUCUCUUCAGAAACAUCUAGAUACAAUCUGGUGCUCUACUGCAGCCAUGUUUUUUCCUGAUUUUAAGUUUUUCUUAUUUGCUCACUUUACCAUUCGUGUGAGUAGACUCAGUGUGUUGUAAUUAUGACGAGUCUGUAUUAAAUGUUUGCGAGUUGUAA